AUGGGAAUAUAUAUAUCUUUUCAUCUUGCCUUUCAAGCUAUAUCUUUUAGAGGUCGAGGUGAAAGCUUUAGUUCAUCUAAUUGUGAGAACUUUCUUGAAUCAUUGGAUAUUGUGACUUUUUGGAAUCAGAAAGUUGCUGAAAUAAUAGAAAAAACUCCAAAAAAUGCAACCUACACAUCACCUAGGAUUCAAAAGGAAAUUCUAUAUGUUUUCUCAGCCAAAGUGAAGAAGGCCAUUCGGGAAGAAAUUGGUGAUGCAAAGUUUUGCAUAAUGGCUAAUGAAGCUCGUGAUGAGUCCAUGGAAGAGCAAAUGGUUGUGCCUAAUGAGCAAUUGAAAGUUGUCAAUGCUAAUGAAAUAGCACGUUUGAUUGAUCUUGAAGAGCUUGAGGCUGGAAAUGGAUAUAAUCAAAUUGGCACUUUACAACGUCCUGUAGAAACAUGUUGGAGUUCACAUUUUAGAUCAGUUUCUAGCUUAUUAAGGAUGUUUACUCCAACAUGUGCAGUUUUACUAAAUAUAAUUGAUGAUGCAAGUGAUGGUGAACAUCAAGCAGAAGCAAAGUUAGCAUAUAAUGGUUUAACUUCAUUUGAAUUUGUCUUCAUCUUGCAUCUUAAGAAGGAAACUAUAGAGAUCACUGAUAAACCUUGUCAACAUAAUGAGCAAUUGAAAGUUGCCAAUGCUAAUGAAAUAACACGUUUGAUUGAUCUUGAAGAGCUUGAGGCUGGAAAUGGAUAUAAUCAAAUUGGCACUUUACAACGGCCUGUAGAAACAUGUUGGAGUUCACAUUUUAGAUCAGUUUCUAGCUUAUUAAGGAUGUUUACUCCAACAUGUGCAGUUUUACUAAAUAUAAUUGAUGAUGCAAGUGAUGGUGAACAUCAAGCAGAAGCAGAGUCAGCUUAUGAUAGUUUAACUUCAUUUGAAUUUGUCUUCAUCUUGCAUCUUAAGAAGGAAACUAUAGAGAUCACUGAUAAACCUUGUCAAGUUUUGCAAAGCCAAUCUUAA